AUGGGCAACUGUCUAAAACUCAGAAGGCGUAAAGUGUCAUCAAUGGCAUGGGCUGGUGAUGACUGGGAUUCCUCCGUGGCACAAAAAAAAUAUGUCCCAGAAAACCAAAGCUUACUCGAUGAUGACCAUAACCCGGGUUUCUCAUCAUCAUCAUCAUCAUCUUCUUCAUUUUCCAAUGGGAGAGAAAUAAAGAUUAGGAUUACCAAAAAACAGCUGGAGAAAUUGCUAGGGGAAGUUGACGUGGGCGAAAUGCCGGUGGACCAAAUGUUGUCGAGGCUGAUUAAUGCUAGCGAUCAACAUUUUCAGGUUCAAAAUCAACAGCAACGGUGGUCAUGGAGGCCCCGUCUUCAGAGCAUUCCUGAGGUGAACUGA